AUAUAAAAAUAUACCCACCCACCCACCCACCCACUCACUCAUUCACUCACCCACAAAGACAAAAUUCCUUUCUUCACUCUCACAACUCACAAGUAAAGUCACCUCUUUUUUCAAUCCUAACAUCUCAAACCACAUUUAUCCAUACCCAUUUGGAAUUGUGGCUUGUGGCUUGUGGGUUCAGUGAGUUUGAAACGAUGCCGGGUUUAGUCUCAGUGCAGCAAACACCACCUCAGACACCGUCCGUACCCAUUUUCAUACCCGGAGACCCGACCCGGAUUAAUGGAUGUUCCAACAAAAGCCCGUCUCCCUCCAAUUCACGAACCCGGCCCGGAAAGAAGACUCCGGAAAAGGUACCCACUACGGAUUCCUCGCUCGAGAACCCGGAUAAGGGUCCGUUUCUGUUGAAGCUCGCCCGUGACGCUAUGGCUUCGGGUGAUAACCCGAAUAAGGCGUUGGACUAUGCUCUCCGGGCCUCCAUUUCGUUCGAGAAUUGUUCGGGUUCGGGUCAUGGGGUUGAGCUGGUGAUGAGUCUGCAUAUUGUGGCCUCGAUUUACUGUAGUUUGGGUCGGUUUGAGGAGGCGGUUCCGGUUCUGGAGCGGUCCGUUGAGGUUACGGAUCCUGAAAACGGGUCGGAUCUUGCGCUUGCUAGGUUCUCCGGGUACAUGCAGCUUGGGGACACGUAUUCGAUGCUGGGGCGGGUGGACAAGUCCAUUUCGUGUUACGGGUCGGGGUUGCAGAUCCAGAUUGAGACUCUGGGUGAAUCGGAUCCGACAGUUGCAGAGACUUGUAGGUACUUAGCUGAGGCCCAUGUUCAAGCAAUGCAAUUUGAUGAAGCAGAGAGCUUCUGUAAGAAAACUCUUGAAAUUCAUAGGAAGCAUACAGCACCAGCAUCCCUUGAAGAAGCAGCUGAUCGACGUCUUCUGGCUCUCAUUUGUGAGGCAAAGGGAGAUUAUGAAUCUGCACUUGAGCACCUUGUCCUUGCUAGCAUGUCAAUGAUUGCCAAUGGUAAAGAUAAUGAGGUUGCAGCAAUUGAUGUUAGCAUAGGUGAUGUUUACUUGUCUCUCUGCCGAUUUGAUGAGGCUAUUUUUUCCUACCAGAAGGCACUUACAGUCUUCAAAUCCACAAGGGGUGACAAUCACCCUUCUGUAGCAUCAGUCUAUAUUCACCUUGCUGACCUCUACUACAAGACAGGCAAGUUAAGAGAGUCCAAAUCAUACUGUGAGAAUGCCAUGAGGAUAUAUUCAAAACCUGUUCCAGGCGCCACAUCUGAGGAAGUUGCCAGUGGGUUGACUGAAAUCUCAGCCAUCUAUGAAGCCAUAAAUGAGCCGGAGGAGGCACUGAAGCUCUUGGAAAAGGCAGUGAAGUUAUUGGAGGAUACCCCUGGGCAGCAAAGCACAAUUGCAGGGAUAGAAGCACAAAUGGGUGUGUUGUUCUACAUGAUUGGGAUGUAUGGCAAGGCUCGGAACUCUUUUGAGAGUGCUAUAGCUAAGCUUCAUUCCAAUGGGGAGAAGAAGUCAGCCUUCUUUGGAAUAGUGUUGAAUCAGAUGGGAUUGGCUUGCGUGCAGUUGUACAAGAUAGAUGAGGCUGCCAGGUUGUUUGAAGAAGCAAGGGAGAUACUAGAGCAGGAAUGCGGCUCAUUUCACUUGAACACAAUUGGAGUUUAUAGCAAUCUUGCAGCAGCUUAUGAUGCCAUGGGAAGGGUGGAAGAUGCUAUUGAGAUACUGGAAUACAUCCUCAAGGUGAGAGAACAAAAGCUUGGAACAGCAAAUCCAGAUGCUGAAGAUGAGAAAAUGAGGCUAGUAGAGCUUUUGAAAGACACCAAAAGGACUCGGAACAGAAAGGGAAAAUCACUUGAAAAUCUUCUUGAUUCCAACUCAAAUAGGAAGAAAGAGGGAACUAAAAAGUGGUCUGGAUUUGGUUUCAAGAAUUAACUAAGAAUAAGAUAACCUCUUCUGACCUUUUCCUCUCACUGACUUCAGUUUUUUUCAUGUAGAAGAUCAAGUUCUUACAAUUGCUGGAGCUUUCUUGCUCCUUAAUAAUUAAUUUCCACUUUUUAAUUUUAAUUUAUUAUAUUUCCUUGAAUGUUUUCUUAUAAAAUAUUGAAUUUGUUUACUGGAUGAAAUGCUCAUAUGCUAGUGAAUAUAGUUUUGUAAUUGCAAUU